CGUAAUUGUAACAUGAAUCCUUCCUCUCAUUGAAUCCAUUACAUGAGGUGCCCAUGAGCAGCGAAAAGGAGGAAGGUCCUCAGACGCGGUCUCGCCAACAUAGGUACGCCACAACCUAGCUUCGCGUGAUGUUAUGUGCCACAUGUGGCGCAUUUCCUCUAGCUUUAAAAAUUUUCUUUAAUAGUACACAAAGGUUCGAUGAUCUGCUCUAUCUCAGGCAAUCCGGCUCAGGAGCCAGUCUUAUCUACGAAAUCUGGCCACGUGUUUGAAAAGAGGCUUGUAGAGGAAUACAUCGCGCAGCAUGGGACGGACCCAAUAUCUGGAGAUUCCAUAAGUCUUGAAGAUUUAGUGGCCAUCCAGGUGUCUGCUUCGGACAAGCCACUAGUGGUGCGCGAAUCGGCAUCAACCUCGAUUCCUUCUUUGUUGUCAUUGUUUCAGCGCGAAUGGGAUGCAUUGGCUCUGGAGACAUUUGAGCUACGCAAACAACUGAGUCAGUACAAAAAAGAGCUCAGCUUAGCUUUGUACAAACAGGAUGCAGCAGUGCGAGUCGCCGCAAACGCCAUCAAACAACGCGACGAGUAUAAAAGGGCUCUAGAGGAGCUUACGACGAAGCUUGGAAAGGGAGAGGCCAUAGAGAUCGACACACCAGCGGAACUAACCAACGGAUCACAACCAUUGUCCGAAGAGUACACUAGUCAAUUACUGGAGGCCCAUUCGCAAUUAUAUCAACAGCACCGUUCGCAGAAAUAUAAAUCUCCAAUUGAUGAGAGCUCGCACAUAAAGUUUACAUUACAAGAAGAAUUCAAAAUAUGGGAUGGACAAAAGAAGAAAACAACACUCGUCCAAGCAAAAUUUGACUCUGAAAGAACCAAGCUAUUGCUUGCAUAUUCGGAAAACGUUAUUGUGAUAUACGAUUUGCUUCAAAAUAGGCUUAUCAAUCGGCAUACGCUUCCUAAGCGAAACAAAAUUUGCUAUUUGCAGUGGCUCAAUGAACAUAAGUAUGCGUACGCCUCCACCGAUGGGACAGUCCAUAUUGUUGAAGGCGAAUCGGAAACAAAGAUUCAACUGGAAAAGAAGUCAAUCACGAGCAUUUUGGCCCAUCCCUUACUACCGUAUCUGAUCAUAGCACAGGCCGACAGGCUAUAUAUAUUCGACGGAGAAAUUAAGCUAUACGAGUCAAAUCCUUUUGAAUUCAAUAUUUGUGAGAUGGCUCUGCAUCAAGAUGGUUUAUUCCUAGGCUUAUGCUUUGAAAAUAACGUCGUUCAAAUUUUCAAUAUUGCAAAAAGCUCUGUCGAGCUCAACGUUGCCAUUGACUCGCUUGGCAGUGUCGAGAAGAUAGAUAAACUUCUAUUUGCACCAAAUGGCUACUCUUUGGUGAUGCAUUGUUCCACCGACUCGGGCUCGAAAGUUGGAAUAUAUGAUUUGAGGAAAGACGUCUUUCAAGCUGUAUUGGAUUCUCCAGGUAGUGCUGUUCUUGCUAUUGACAGGGCUUCGUCAUAUCUUUUUAAUGAUCAGACGCUAUUCAGAUACUACAAAAAGAACAAGAAAUGGAGCUCUGAGGCUGCACAAAUACCUGAUCUCGCCCAGGACGUGAUUGUCAAUCUUGAAAUUAAGUGUUUAGAGGACCAUUAUGAGGUUUUAGCCGUUUUGAAAGACGGAACUCUAAAGAAGUACUCACUGAAUGCAGAUGUAUAAUUAGAUAUAUUAUUGUAACAUAAUAAAUAGACGAGCAAUCCGCCGUUUUCUAUCAUCGUCUCGGUAAAAAAAAAGCUGGGCAUAUUCGGCAUCUCAAAAUAAAAUUUGAAACCUGAUAAAAUACCGACCGAGACAUAAAUUUGACUUGGAAUGAAAAGUGUAGUCUUUCUGCCCCUGAAGAGGACUUCCCAUAGCGAAGCUCUCAUAAAGGAAGCAACAAAAGACACCCGAUGGGGGCCGACUACUGCGGAGUUGAACCAGCUAUCUCGGCUUUCAAACCACCCGCGCGACUUGGGUUUGAUCACCAAAGAAUUGUCCCGCAAACUGCGUUCCAAAAGCCCCAUUCAAAUUCACAAAGCGCUAUCGAUUGUGCUUUAUAUGUUACAGACCUCGUCAUCUGAGUUUGUUUCUUGGCUGACAAUGAAUCAAUAUUCGAUCAGAACCCUCAGGGAAUAUCAGAUAGAUACACGCCGAAAACACGUCGAGGACGCCCAACUCGCUUUUAACAUUCGCAACAAGGCAUCUGAAAUCCUCAGGUUGCUCGAAAACCGAGAGCUUUUGAGACAAAAACGUCAAGAAUUCAUAACUUUCAGAGAAGAGAUGAAAUUGCCAACUCCUCGAUCUUCAUUGGAUAUGCCAAGCCGGAGUUCAUUCACAGGUGAACGCAAUUGCAAAUCAUUGGAAAUAAAUAGAGCCGACCUUUUCCGUGAAUUGGAUGCCUGCUCGUCCUCAUCAGAUGAGGAAAGAGAACGUCGAGGAAGCAUGCUUAGUAAUAUCUUGGAGCUAGAAGAAGAGGUGAAUCAUUUUGAACCCAGGUCAACGCGGAUCUGAUAAACCAACAUCAAUUAUGAGCUAUCACAUUCUGCUACUUAGUAUCAAGACAAUUUUGUCGUCGCGUCGAUUGUGACUUAAAUCAAUAAUUAAUAGCCAGCCGCACCCCGCCAGAAAGUUCUGGCAUAAUAUAUAAUGCGCCACAAAUAUAAAAGUAACCGCCA